GGUUUUGUGAGCGGCUCCGGGGCGCUGCUGGGCCGGGCCGUGCGCCGAGCAGCUCGAGGAAGGCAGAUCUCCGCUGCGCUGGGAUUGCCCGGGUGCGAGCCCGAAGCGACCCCGGAUUGAUUGUGGUGAACUCAGUGGUGGUUGGGGAAGCGUGUGAUUCACGACGCCCCUCUGUUCAGCGUGUUUUCAGUGCUUUACUAAUGUAAACACCGAUAUAAACGGCUCCAAAAAGACACUGCUUUAGGUGUGGAUGUGUUCCAAACCCUGGUCUGUAUCCUGGGACUUGUUUUCAGCUGCCCGCGGCUUUGUCUGUCACGGGGAGGUGAGCUCUGUUUGUGAGGCGCUUGGAGACAAACACGCAUUUCCACCCUGCAACAGGGGGAACAGUCCAAAGAAGGAAAAUGUAGAGCAGAGAAGUGUUAAUGUUCCCUCACAGCAGUAAAUCUGCGCUGAAGUGCACGUGUGAGGAUGUGGCAAAUAGCCAGAGGGUCUGCUUGGCCUCGUUUCAUGUCUGCACGUUUUCCAGUCGUUCCUGCUCUGCUGCAUGGAUCUGUCUGCUUGGGCUGAGCACCACUGAAUCCUCCCGACUGCUUUUAAGUGGCAGAUUUGAAGCUCUGUUUGAAGCCGUACUUUGCCCUAACAAUGGGUUCGCUUCAAAUAGUGGAUCAAUGCAACCUGCGCGAGUGCAAGCUUCUCUGAUUCAGUUUCUCAUUUUUCCUGUCUUAAUAGAUGGUAUCUUUAUUUUACCAUCACUACCAACUCAAAUAUAGCCUUGUACAGUUUUAUCCUUUUUGUCACUUACAUCAAUAGGGAAUAGAAGCUGUCAGUUCUCUCUGGCCCAGAUCUUUAAAUGCAUUGAGGUGCUUAAAUGCUAUUAAAAUCAAUGCUGCUGCUGUAAAAAAGUUGUUUAUUUCUAAAGACUGCCACAUACAGAACGCACUGCAGGGCAGUCAGAGUGUGCCCUAGGGUCUGAUUUCCCAAGAACAAACAGGGCAACCUUAGACUGUACCAUUUGCUUUCACACACUGUCUGGCUCAGCUAUGGUGUGGUGCAACCUCCUGGAUGCAAUAUUCUUACUAUAUAGUUGCUUUAAUUUGGUCGUAUUCUUCCUGUGUUAUAGUUACUACUAUAAGAUAGGAACUACUGUACUGGAGCUUCUGUAUAAUUAUAAUUUUACAGCUUUCUGUAUCCAGAAUAAAAGCAGGGAUAGCACAGCCCAAGCACGUGAGUUAAGCUUGCAGAGGGAGCAGUGCCUGGAGAACCACAGUAAGCUACCAGUGUUUGUCACACAACCCCAGUUAAUCACUUCUUUAUGUAGGACUUGGAUGCAUGCAGUGCCUUAUUGAUCUGAGGAUCUGUGCAUACAAGGAAAGUUUUAUAAAACCUUUUCAAUGAUAGCUUCAGGCACUGUGGUGAAUUUCUCUAGUAUGCAUUUCUAAUGAUGAAAUUCUCCUGUUAUACUUAACAUCAUUGCUAGAGGCUCUUUGGGUUGGAGUUUGUCUCAUUAUGAUAUUAGAUUAGUAUGAAGUAUUACAGUAAUUACAGUUAAACUUAGUUUUAUUCAGCUUCUUAAUGACACAAAAGGGAAAGUCCGUAUCACUUCAGUUGUUUUUGUAGAUACUCUUUGGGAGGAGUUGCAAAUGUGCAAAAGAGGACAGAAAUGAAGGAGGUGAGGUUAGAAGUGUUGGCAGAAAAGAAAUGAAUCCUGGAAAAUUGCAAAUGCUGUUAAAGUUACACAAUGGAUAUAUAAAGGAGUGGAAAUGAAUAGUGGGUGAGAAUGACUAGUUAAAGAAUUAAGUUGAGGAAAGCAAGUUCUUACUUUGGAAUGGCAGUGGUGGGAUAUACACCCACGGUGUAUAAGCGGUGAAUCCAGCUUGGCUAAUUCCACAGCUCCCAGUCACUCAGAUGAAGUUUUAUUAAUGGUUUGGGACAAGUAGUGCUAAGAUUGCUAAAGUGGACUUGUAGCUGUUCUUUUGUGAUAUAGUAGGUUCUUGGGAAACAAUGUCUUCAGUUCACCACAUCUUGGAGACUAACCCAAGAACGUGAUCUGUGUUCCUGAGCAUCUGUGUUCCAGAAAGGUGAUAGACGCAAGUCGUAACAAAUUAAAUCUAUUCAAACCCUAAGCAGUUCUCUAUAUAGUGAGAAGACUGACUACUUUGUACACCAACUGACCAAAUAAUUCAAGGAGAAAUCUUCCAUUAGACAUUUCUACAUACAUUAGAGUUACAUGCAUAGUGGCAAAAGCCAUUUCAUUAGACUACAUGAAAAAGCAGUGAGUGGAAUAAAAAGCCGAAAAGUAAAAGAAAGAAGUAGUCAGGGUAGGGUGGCUGCCAUCUUCUUAACCACUACAAAAUUCCUUGCAGUGCUAUUUUUGGAUGCACUGACCAACCUCAUUAUUACUUUAUUCUAUGCUAGUGCGCAGAGAAGUAUGUGUGCAGCAGAGCACUUUGUGCCUUUGUAGUCUGCGUCCAUACCAGAGGAUGUGUUUGUUAAGAAAGAAAAGACCAAUUAUGUGUGUUGUUUUUGGAGAAGGAAGAUGGUGAAUACUUUAUGAUGGUUAUUUGUUCCUGACAGGAACUUUCUCAGACACAAAACUUCAUUCAGGAUGUAUUUCUCAUGGCAGGUGUGCAGAAAUAUUGUACAUUCUACUCACUGCAAACAAUUGCAGACAAUUUUAAUUAGCUUCUUUUAACUAAGAAUUUGAACAAAGACUGUGAGCUUGACACCAUAAUAGUAUGGUGUUGAGAUGGAUUGAUUUGACACAAUUUACAUUAUCUUUUUGGGUUAAAGUUUUACUUCUAGAAUGACAAAUCAAAUUCAUAAUGUUCAGUAGUUGAAAAGAAUGCAUCCCGCUUAUAUAAAAUUAUUGUUCAUUUUCAGUUUGUAUUUUUCCAAAAUUAUCAUUUCCAGCUGAUACUGAAAUCCUUUUCAGAACGGAGACAUGAGUGGUCUUUGACAGUAGCCUGGAUAUCCUCAGACGAUUCUGCAUGAUCUCAGAGUUAUAUUUUAUCUGUUUUAUCUUCGAAUUUCAGAAAGAUGAUUCCCAGAGACUUCUGGAAAGUUUUAACUGUGAUGAAAAAGAGAAUCCUCUCACCAAAAGUGAAGCAGAACCCUAUAAGUCAAAAGAGGAGAUGGUGUUGGAGGAAAAUGAGUGUCCUCUGAACAGUAACGUUACAGCGUUUGCGUUGAAGGCAAAAGUCAUCUAUCCCAUCAAUCAGAAAUUUAGGCCUUUGGCAGAUGGCUCAUCCAAUCCAUCUUUGCAUGAGAAUCCAAAGCAGACAGUUCUGCCUAAUCAGGUAACGGAAGCAUCUACAUCAGGCAGCCUGGAAUCCCUUAGCCAGGGAGACAAGGAGGACUGUAGUUCCUCCACAACAAUACACUCAACAACAAGUGAUGACAGAUUUCAGGAUCGAGCCUUCUUCAAGGUAACCUGUUUCCCUGAAGUGCUCACAUGUGAGAGUUUUGAUGUUAAGCUCUGCCUUUGCAGUCUUCUCUUAAAAGAUCUCAUGCUUCUUGAUACUGAGCUUAGAAAAGAAGAACAUGUGAUAUUCAUUCAGAUUCUGAAAAUAUACCUCACAGAUUUCAAUCAUAAGAAGAAGAUUACUGAUGAUUUGUUUAAGAAGACAUUUUUAAUUCUCAAAAAUGAUUUUGAAGAACUACAGAAGCAACUGGAUUCCAGACUCCAGAAUACUGAGAUGUCAGGAGCCCAUAAUUCAGAAUACCAGACUGUAGAAGACUUAGAAAGGAAAGAAAGGGAAUAUUCCGAGCACAUAAUAGAUAAUAUGGAAGCUUUCUGGAAGCAGACUGACAAAGCCCAGCAGGAUUUUUUGGACCAAUCAAAAUGCUCAAGUGCCGAAGCAGCAAAGAUAAUGAUGGACCUGACUGAGAGGAUGAUUGCAGUGGAAGGCUUAUUAAAUGAAUCUCAGGAUUUGCAGGCAAUGGACAUUCAGGAAAGGUUAUUUAACUGGGAGCUUAUGGUGAAAGUGGUUGAUUCACUGAAGUCCUGUAUACCAGAAGAGUGCAGGUGUAGAUUGAAUAUGCUAUCAAAUAUUCUGGACCAUUUAACUGUAAAGAAUAAACUCUCAGUUCGACAAAAAGAAGAACUUUUAACAGACCUUCACAAGGCCUUCUGGGAACAACUGGCACAUUUCACUAAUGAAUGCAUCCAGCAAAGUAAAGACCUCAUCCUGAAACGACUGGAGUGCCGUGCAAAGAAGAGAGAAGACUUCAAACACAGACAGAAAACUGAACAAGGGAUUCUCCUUACUAAAGCUUUUCAUAUUGGAGAUUUAAAUGAUUUUCUUAAGGCUUACCAUGAUCUGUUAGAGAAACACUGGCAGGCACAGUGGCAGCUGGAAGAGGAAGAUGACUAUGAAAGCACAGAGGCUGUUGUGGAGCUCUAUAAGGAGCUGUAUUCUAAAGCUUCCCAUGCUUUAGCAGAGUUGGUGAAUGAGCUGUUUCUUCAAACACUGCCUGUUGUGACCGGCCUCUCUGUAAGAGAAUGUGAACUUCUGAAAGAGGACUGGCAGGAGAAUGUGGUCCCUCAGCUGGAGAAGUGGGACAGCCACCGCCAGAAACGCUGGAAGCUUUUCCAGGAACAGAUACUGCAAGAAAAAAAGCUAUGGAUAAAUGAAUACGCUCUCGCUUCUGUGAUACAAAAGCACCUGUCUGAGAAACAAGAAAAGAUAAUGCAAGGCGUCAUGAGCAGACUGGGCUGCCUCAGUGAUGAGUCUGUUAACUACAUAUUGCAAAAACAGCGGCUCUUGCUGUGUUCAGUAUGGAGAAGAUUAACUCUUCGAAGCAUUGGAAUGGCAGCUUUGACCCGCAUGAGGAUGUCCAGAAAAAAGAGCUUGCUUCAGGAGCUGAGAGAGCAACAUAUGCUGCAGAAGGGCUCUUCAGCCUGUCAAGAUGAAGAUCAGUGGCAGCUACAGAAGGCAGUGGAGUCUCACAUUCUGGAAGAGGAAGAGAAACUUGAGGAAGAAACACAGCAAAACCAUUUAGAAUUUCACCAGCAGUUAGUAACAGAAAUCCAAGAAGCUCUUCAGUUUCUUCAGCAACACAUGGAGAAAGUGAUUGGGCAGACAUUGCUGCAGCAUGUCAGACAGAAAGCUUCAAAAGAGAAUUCAGAUGAUGAACAGGAGUUCAAGGAGAAACUGGUAGAAGCUGCUGUAGAAAGUGUAUAUGGGACCAGCAAUAACAUCAAUAGACUGGUAGAAAACUACUAUCAGCAAGUUGGAAAAAUCACAGAAGAUUAUGAAGGGAAAAAACUUCAGCAAUUGAAAUCCUUACAAGUAGAAAGAAGUGAAAGGUACAGACUUAGGAAGAAAGAAGAGAAUGAACAAGCACUGAAAGAAAAACAGACCAAAGGGAUCCUGAAUGUAUCAUCCACAGUCCACCAAAGAAUGGUGCUGCAGCAGAAGAAGGUUCUGACUCAAUUUGAACUGCACCAACAAAUUCGUCUGGAGUUUCUGAAACAGAAGCUGCUGGGAUUGCAUCACCUACAAAGUGAGAUGGAGAAUCAGCUGAAGGAAGCAGAAUGGGACUUCAUUACUGAGUUGGCUGCACUGGCUCGAGUUCCUGUCACUGUGAAGAAGCAGCUGUCCAAAAGAAGCAAGCCAGCAGAGAAAGGUCAGAGAGGCCACACGAAGGGGAGACUGAACCAAGGAAAAACACAAAGAUGCUAAAAAAAAGAGGCAACAGGUAGUCGAAGUAUUUAUAUGAGCUGUCUGAACACAGAGUACCAAAGCAUUCUUCUGGGAGAUCUCAGCAGCUAUAAAUACUCACUGAGCUGGUUUAGUGAGGAACAAUGAAGAACAUCAAUAAUAACCGAGAAAUCUUCUUUAGCUACAGACUGAGAAUCAAUCCCAACAUUCUCACUUAGCCUUGGCAAGGGGAAACAAAGAAUUCUUUAAGCUCUUCCAGACGGUGUGGGAAACAUGAAGGGGAGAUAGUUUUAAAUGAGGAAUAUACCUGAGGAAAAUGCAGAACCAAUCCACCCUAGACUGCUGAGGUCAGGACAUCGCAGUAAGGUUUCAUUGUAAUGUUGAUGUUUUGAGCCUGAAAUGUGCUGGAUUUGGUCUCAGUAUUUGUGGUCACUGCUUUGGACUAACAGAAAUAGGUAGAAAUUUAAAGACUAGGUAAAGAGACUUCAGGUUCUAUUGGUAAAUUGAAAGAUUAAAUUUGUCUUUCCCUUGUUUUAUUUUAAUGCUUCCAAGGUAAGGUAUGCUUUAAAAUUUGUACAAAGAUUUUUGUAAAUCUAUUUCCCAUUGUUUAUCUCAGAUUUUUGAUUAUUUUUUAGAAAGACUGAGACAAAUCUCAUCCACUGUUUCAUUUUCUUAUAUUUCAUUUUAUAUUCUAAUUCCUUAAGUAAACUCUUUUGUUUUCAGUGCACUUUGUUGUUCUCAUUACAUUCCAUAUGGGAAUUUUUCUUGUCAUGCAAAGCAGCUCUUUCUCCCUGGCUGCACAGAGCACCUGUAUCUUGUAAUAAAUUGCCCUACUUAAGUGGUCUUACAGCUUUUGUGAAAUAGAAGUUUUCUGCCUUCUUAAAAUUAACAUAUAUUUUCCUAACUAAAGGGCUGUCCUUUGGCACUCGAUGUAAAACACUACAUCAGCAAAGCAGUUUACCUCGGAUAAAAGUGCCGCCACACAAAUGACUUUACUGGGCACGUUACACACAAUUGUUAAAUUGUUAAUUUUCACUUCAGUCAUUAUCAAAAUCUUUUUCUCUGUAUUAUACUACUUCAAGCAUUAGAUUCUGCUGUUUCAGCAAUCAUUUUCCAUGGUCCCUCUGCCUUACUGAUGGAGACAUUUUAAUUGCCCGUUUGAUGUGAUUUAUCUUCAAAUGGAUGCAGCCUGUUUCCUUCUGUUUGAAUACCAUAAUUCUUCAGUGUACUCUGUACACAUAGCAAGAAGGAAGCUUUUAAUAAUAGAGUUGAUUAUGUUGUGAAGAUACUGUUUUAAACCAUGCAGUGUAGCAGAGGCUCCAGUCACAGGCAGAAUGCAGCAGUCUACCCGGAUGCACUGUGUGAUUCAUUCCACUAGGCAGGGCUUGCGUUGCUUUCUCUCUGUCUUAUCCCAAAAGCAGGGCAGCAGUGCCCUCUCCCGGGCAGCCCUUGGGGUUUCGUCCCCUUGCUGUUGGAGGGCAGCAGUUGCUUGCCGAGGAGAGUCCCCAGCCCACCUCCUCUCAGUCCCUGAAGGUGAGACCCAGCCAACCAGGGCUGUGUCUCUGCCUGCUUUCUGUCCUCCUUUCUCUGGGCUCUCUGCAAAGUGCCCUUUUUCCUAUUCUCUCACCAAGUCACCUUGCUUCAUGACAAAUAAAAAUCAAGUGUUACUAACUUCAGUCAUUUUGCAUUACACCCCUGAUUCAUUGCCUUGGUAAAAGUCCUGUACAGAUUUCAUGCAUG